AUGCUUGUAAUUUCACGCUUGUUUCAGAUAAGUUCUAGGCAGGACCCAGCUCACCAUCUCGCUGGUCCUUUCUUGCCGCAAACUCCUAUAGGCUCUCUCACACCAGAGAGAAGCAAUUCUCCCGAUAUCAGACGACGACACCAACCGCGCGCUGUAGAUCCUUUUCUCCGUUGGGCCGUAGUCCCAGUGGCCUCAUUAAAGGUGCUCCUUGUACCAAUCAUCCUCUAUGUCAAUUGGGAGUUUGUAUAUCCCAUCUUCGUUCAGUUUAUUCCCCAAGGAAACACCUACCUCUCCUCCGACCUCCCUAAUCCAUUCGCCCAAUUCUUUCUCCUUUCACAUCCUGUUCCUUCCUUAGAUGAGGAAAAUCUACGCUAUCAGAAAGGCUGGUCCGACCUCCUUUUUAUUGCGUAUUAUGUUGUGUUUUGGUCAUUUAUACGUCAAUCUCUCUCUUUCUACGUGUUCCAACCUAUGGCGCGUUAUUUCGGUAUUAGAAAGCACAAGCUGGAUCGUUUCGCAGAACAGGGGUAUGCCAUGAUAUACUUCGGUAUCAUGGGUGCUUGGGGAUACCGUAUCAUGGGCCAACUUCCUACUUGGUGGUACCGUACCGAAGCAUUUUGGAUAGACUAUCCUCACUGGAAUAUGAUACCAGAGCUCAAACGGUACUAUCUCAUGCACAUGGCGUAUUGGAUACAGCAACUCCUUGUUCUUGUUCUGGGCUUGGAGAAACCACGUCAAGACUAUUACGAACUUGUGGCUCAUCAUAUUGUCACUAUAUGGCUCGUCGGCUGGAGUUAUCUCAUCAACCUCACCCUCAUCGGAAAUGCCGUAUAUAUGAGCAUGGAUAUACCAGACGCAUUCUUUGCUUUUUCGAAAUUACUCAACUACCUCCGCGCAGAGCGCGCCAAAGUCGUCUCGUUCAUUAUUUUCAUCUUUAUUUGGACGUACUUCCGCCACAUCCUCAACUUCUAUAUUCUCUACUCCGUGUGGUUUGAGUAUGACUUGAUCCCUGAUUCCUCCAAAGUAUGGAUAUGGGCCAAUGGAACUUACCUUAACUGGUGGAUGAAGUAUCAGGUGUUCACGCCCCUACUUCUCCUUCAAUUCUUGAAUCUCUUCUGGUACUUCCUGAUCAUGCGUGUUCUUCGCCGAGCUAUAGUUGGUAGCGAGGUCGACGAUGUACGUUCGGAUGAUGAGGAUGAUGGAGAAGAUGAGGAUGAGGACAAGCCUCUUUCUCAAUCCAAAAAGGACAAAUAGAGCUUAUUAGCAACUACAUGAUGUGAUCAACUGGAUUCAAUUUGCGAGUUUCGUCAAUUAGCUCUAACCUGGCCUUGGACUAUUGCAAUAUCUUCUGGAUUGUUGGCGUGCUAAGUCUAC